AUGCCUGACCCACCUGCUUAUUAUAAGCAAUUUGUUAAUGACUCUUAAGAUAUUCGACCACCUGAUAUUUAAAGACUCUUGAAUAAGAAUUACCGCUUGAGAUAUUUUGAUAGCAUGGUUGUCUAGGGUUUCUAAGAUUAUAUUAAUUUUAUGUCAAAUGAUUUCAACAUGUCACAGGAAGUAAUGAAGCAGUAGGCUUUUGAAAAAUCAAAUUUAAUUAAGGAGUUGACCAUUAAUGCUAUGCAUUUCCUUAAUAAACUUAGAAGAAAGCAAGCAAUCAUCAAUCUUAAAAAUGAAUUAGAAAGCAGCAUGAAAAAGAGAAAUAUGGCAUCUGAAAAUAUGAUUAGAUAGAUUAAGGAAUCGAUUGAAAUUAUUAAUGAGGGUCUAUUAAUUGAAGAAAGAGAAAACAAUUCAAACUCAGAUAAUGAGAGAAUUGAUGAUGACAAUGAAAUAUAAAUAUGA